AUGCAAAAUCAUUAUUUAGAAAAAGGCGAUAACGAGGACAACGUUUUUAUUAACACGAUAGCAGGUUCGAUAGCAGGCGUCGUGGAACUUUGUUUGAUGUAUCCAAUUGACACGGUUAAAACGAGAAUGCAAAGUUUAAAUGGCGGUAAAAAUCGUAACGUGUUAAAUAUACUAACGGAAAUGAUAAAAACGGAAGGAGUUUUGAAACCUUGGAGAGGAGUCGAAGUCAUCGCGACUGUACACGGUCCCGUACACGGCGUGUAUUUCGCAUCAUACGAAUUCGUCAAAUAUAGAAUGUUAAACGUAUUUCCGGAAUCUUUGGGUUUAUCCGCUGGUACGGCGGGUGCGGCGGCGACGAUAAUCCACGAUUUAAUCGUUAAUCCCGCCGAAGUCAUUAAACAAAGAAUGCAAAUGGAAAACAGCCCUUAUAAAAACAUCGGAGAUUGCAUCGUUAAAAUAUAUAAAAACGAAGGGAUUCCGGCAUUUUACAAAUCAUUCGAAACUCAACUCGUCAUGAACGUUCCUUUUCAAAUGAUACAAUUCGUCACGUAUGAAUUUUUCCGGAAAUUAACGAAUUCGGAUGUUAAUUCGAACAUAUUGAUGCAUUUCGUUAACGGUGCCGUGGCGGGAAGCGUGGCCGCUGCCGCCACGACUCCUUUAGACGUUUGUAAAACACUGAUUAACACGCAACAGAGACAAGUGUCCAACAUGUUCGGAGCCGUUAAAACAAUAUAUAAAAUAAACGGUAUUUCCGGUUUUUUCAAAGGUACCACGGCUAGAAUUUUACAUCAGGCACCGUCUAAUGCCAUAUGUUGGGCAAUUUUCGAAUCAAUGAAAUCAAUCAUGGAAAAAAUUAAGAAAAACUUUUGA